AUGACUGUGCGCGGCUGUCCUGACUACGCCGUCCCCAGACUCCGGCCCUGUCCCGGGUACGCCGGCUUCGUCCCCCGAGAGACGGCCGAGGUCAACGUGGACGUCAUACAUGACCCCGAGUCACCAUUUGCCACAAGCAUGCGUACUACGUACAGGUUGAUCCUGAUGUUCUUCGCCGCGGUUGCCAUGGCGCCUCUGGUUGUCAUGGUUACCGGCCAGGGCCCUUCGGAACAAGAACUGCAACAGGCGGUCGCCCAGGCAACAGCAGAAGUGGCGGCUGAAGAGGCAGCCAAUGUGUCCGUAGGUGCUGAAGCAGAGGAAAGCCCGUUCUCCGGAGCUCUGAACGCGCUGGCCAGGGAACAUCGCUCCACCCCAAUGGCCAGGAAUCUCAGCAGGUGUGCCACCGUCUUGGAGAAGGUGGCAAAACACUUCAUGAGCAGCUCCAGGCGUAGAACUUCAAGCUACACAAUAGCCAUGCUGUCCGCCAUCGACUCCCCGAACGUGACAAGUGUUUGUGACGCCACCUCCAUGGAGCCGGUCACGUGCCCAACACCAGCCGUCCCAGAGUUCCGUUCGGCAAACGGCCGUUGCAACAACCGGAACCACCCCCUGUGGGGAAGUAGUGAGCAACCCUUCAGAAGGCUGCUGGAGCCAGAAUACGGCGACGGACUCAUGACGCCUCGCACCACUGGGUCUGGGCGUGAUGGCGCCCCCCUCCCCAGCCCGCGGCUGGUCAGCACGACCAUGCACGAGGACCUGCGGAAAUCCAGCCCGGUCAACACCCACAUGGUCAUGCAGUUCGGACAGUUCCUGGACCACGACAUCACUCUCACGCCCAACUUUCAGGAAGAAGGUCUCGUCUGUACCUGUGGCACCGAUGACGAACACUGCUUCAACAUCAACGUCCCCUCAGACGACCCUGACUUCGCAGGGAGGCCCUGCUUGCCGUUCGCUCGCUCCCUAUCCUGUCCGAACGAAGGGUGCCGCUUGGGCCGCCGGCAGCAGCUGAACCAGCUCACCGCCUUCGUGGACGCCUCCAACGUCUACGGCUCCUCGGACGAAGAGAUAGAGGAGCUCAGAGAACACGCUGAACCACCCGUGGUACAAGCUACGUGUCCGGCGGGCUACCAAAGGUUCCAGAAAAACUGCUUCAAGGCCUUCCCCCAAACCAAACCUGACUACAGCUGGGCCAUGAAGGCCUGCUUGAAAGACGAAGGUUUUCUGGCCAUGCCGAAAGACGCCGCCACUAACGCGUUCCUGGUCCAGCUGAAGAAUGCGGUACGAAACGACGUCGCUUUCUACAUCGGACUGAGUGAUCGAAACGCCGAAGGACAAUGGCGCUUUGCUGACGGAACCUUAUUAGGUUCUUACAAAAACUGGAGCCCCGGAGAACCAAACAAUUCAGGGAAUGAGGACUGCGCCAAUUUGCGUCCGGGAUCCGGGGGCAAGUGGAAUGACGUACCUUGCUCCAUCGAUCGACGGUAUAUCUGCCAAGUCCCGCCAAUCCAUCCUGGCUGCUCACAAAAAGCAACGGGCACCACCUACAAAUACCGAUGGGAUUUGCCCCAGCUUACGGGAACGCGCUUCACUUUUCAAGUCUCUGCCUACAAAGCUGCCCACAUCGGCCUGUCACCAGAAAACCACGACGUUACGAACAUGUACGAAAUCGUCAUCGGUGGAUGGAGCAAUACAAAGUCAGCCAUACGCCUAGGGAAGCAAGGCGAAACUCGCGCAUUAGUCUCGACACCAGGUAUCAUCUCGGCAACAGAAUACAGGACCUUUUGGAUAAACUUGGCCCCAGACGGAACCAUUUCUGUUGGAAAGGGUGGCGUCUCUCAGCCGUUUAUGUCGUGGAGGGAUCCCAACCCGAUUCGCGUCUCUUACGCUGGCUACUCUACACGCUCGGGGGCCACUGGACGUUGGAAGUUCUGUUCCAAUGAAGGAGCGCGCGGCCUGCUGAAGUCCAGACCGAACCCUUUAGACGCCAACAAGAAGGAGCUUCUGCCCGCCAGCAUUGCGGAUGAAGCCGUGUGUGCCGAAUUUACCGGGAACGAGACGUGCUCGCAGGCUGGGGACAUCCGUGUGAACGAGCAGCCAGGACUGACCUCCAUGCACACCGUCUUCCUGCGGGAACACAACAGGAUCGCCAGGCAACUCUCCGGACUCAACCCGCACUGGGACGACGAUCGGGUGUUCUUCGAGACCAGGAAGAUCGUGGGCGCGCUGAUGCAGAAGAUCACGUACGGGGAGGACCUUCCUUACGUUCUCGGUCCGGACGCCAUGACCAAGUUUCACCUGACCCUCCUCCAGAGCGGGUUCUUCUCUGGGUACGACGUGAGCGUGAACCCCACCAUCUCUAACGUCUUCGCCACGGCAGCCUACCGGUCCGGUCACAGUCUGGUUAACGAACGUCAGUUCCGCCUUCCUCCGGACUUUAACCAGGGAAGCUUAUGCCCGAUUCAGCUGGACUUUGCUUUCUUCAAUCCAUCCCACGUCCUCAACAACGACCUAGGCGGCGUGGACUCCAUCCUACGCGGACUGACCGCCCAGCCCCAUCAGGACGUCGACCGGUUCAUGGUCUCGAGCCUGACGAAGCAUCUGUUUGCGGAUCCUCCCGGGUCUCUUGGCCUGGACCUGGCGGCGCUGAACAUCCAGCGGGGCAGAGACCACGGGCUGCCCGGCUACAACGCCUGGAGGGUGACGUGUGGACUCAGUGGAGCGACGACGUUUAGCGCUCUCGGAACGGAGAUUCCUGACGUCAACACGCGAAAGAUACUGGGGAAGCUGUACAGCCACGUGAAUGACAUCGACGUGUUCGUGGGGGGUCUUGCCGAGGAGUCCGUGCCGGGCGGUGUCGUCGGUCCAACCUUCGCCUGUCUGAUCGGCCUGCAGUUCCAGGCCCUCCGCAUGGGGGACCGCUUCUGGUUCGAGAACGAAGGACAGUUUACAGCAGCCCAACUUGCGGAGAUCAGGAAGACCAGUCUGGCUCGGAUCCUGUGCGACAACACGGACGGCACCACACACAUGCAGCCGGACGUCUUCAGGCUGCCCACACAGUCUGGGAACGAGAGAGUGGCGUGCUCCUCUCUGCCCCAGAUGGACCUGACCAAGUGGCAGGAGUCGGUGUCGAAUUCUAGCGGCCUUCCGGAGUCGCUGGAAGAAGAGAACGUCACCAUGUCUGGCCGAGAAUUUGACGACCACGACGCCGACGAAGAACUUGAGCGGGUGGCUGAGGAAGCCCGUAUCCUCCUUGAGCUGCUGCGCGGGAAACAGGAGGACCUCCCCCCACCGGAGGAGAACCUCCCCCCGCCGGAGGAGAACCUCCCCCCGCCGCCGGAGGACCUCACCCCACCGGAGGAGAACCUCACCCCGCCGGAGGAGAACUUCCCCCCGCCGGAGGAGGACCUCACCCCACCGGAGGAGAACCUCACCCCGCCGGAGGAGAACCUCCCCCCGCCGAAGGACAUCUACCGCACCCUCCUCGAUCUGCUGCGCGGGAAACAAGAUGACAUCUACCCGGAGAAGAACACAGGGUCCGGCGGCGAGUUAGACACCAACGACAUCGGGUACAUCGACCCUGAGGAGUACGGCCAGGACAUGGCCAACAACUUGGAGUAG